AACGUGAAAUAUCACGCUCUAAAAAUUUUAAAUGCGGUGGAACAAUAAUUAUGAGACGUAGCAGAGGAAAUCCUGAGCUGCCGAUCAAAAAAUAUGAUGGUGACGAGAACGAUGGCAAGAAUGAUGACGAGAGUGAUGACGAGAAUGAUGAUGAGAAUAAUGUUAGAAUAUAA